GCCAGUCACUCUCAGUUGGGACGGCGCGUCAAACGGUUAUCGCUCGCUCCUUCGACGCCCCCACGCCACUCCCCGCAAACCGCGCAUUUAACAGUUGUUUUGCUGCGAAUAAGAAGCGCAAAGCAGAAGCCAGAAGAAGAUCGAAGCAAAGAUGACAAAGAUGGGUGGAAAUUUGGAUUUGGCAGUGAUGCUGCUGCUUUUGAGUGCCUUCGUCACCGGCAACUCCAUUCCGACGACCACAACGCCUCAGGGCGUGUUCGAAACCCGCACGGACAAGCUGCCCAGCGGGGCUGCGGUCCUGCCCUCCAGUGGAGCAGGCAUCUACGAUGAUAUAGACACCUUUGUGCCCUUCAGGAGCGACUCGCACGAUCCCUUCUCGUGGCAUCUGCUCAAGACGGUGCUGCAGAACGAGACGGCGGCCAAGAAUGUGAUCAUUUCACCGUUUUCCGUCAAACUAGUGCUGGCCCUGCUGGCCGAGGCGGCCGGAGCUGGAACCCAGACGCAGACGGAGUUGGCCAACACGCAGACGGACAUACGGUCGCAGAACAACGUCAGGGAGUUCUACCGCAAGACCCUGAACUCCUUCAAGAAGGAGAACCAGCUCCACGAAACCCUGAGUGUGCGCACCAAGCUUUUCACGGCCAGUUUCAUCGAGACCCAGCAAAAGUUCACCGCCACCCUCAAGCAUUUCUACGACAGCGAAGUGGAGGCGUUGGAUUUCACCAAUCCGGAGGCGGCGGCAGAUGCCAUUAACGCCUGGGCAGCCAACAUCACACAGGGCCGACUCCAGCAGCUGGUGGCUCCGGACAAUGUGCGCAGCAGUGUGAUGCUGCUGACCAAUCUGAUCUACUUCAAUGGUCUGUGGCGCCGGCAGUUCAGCAACACCUUCCAGGGACCCUUCUUCCGCAGCAAGGACGAUCAGUCGCGGGCUGAGUUCAUGGAGCAGACCGACUACUUCUACUACACCAACUCGGACAAGCUGAAGGCGCAGAUCCUGCGGCUGCCCUACAAGGGCAAGAACUCCCUGUUCGUGCUGCUGCCCUAUGCCUUAAAUGGCAUCCAUGACCUGGUCCAGAAUCUGGAGAAUGACGAACUGAAGAGCGCCCAGUGGGCCAUGGAGGAGGUCAAGGUGAAGGUGACGCUGCCCAAGUUCCACUUUGACUACCAGCAGAACCUCAAGGAGACGCUGCGCAGCCUGGGCGUGCGCGAAAUCUUCGAGGAUAGUGCCUCGCUCCCGGGUCUGACCCGCGGAGCCGACGUGGCCGGCAAGGUGAAGGUGUCCAAUAUCCUGCAGAAGGCUGGAAUCAAUGUAAACGAGAAGGGAACGGAGGCCUAUGCCGCCACCGUGGUGGAGAUCGAGAACAAAUUCGGCGGCAGCACCACCAUCGAGGAGUUCAACGUGAACCGGCCGUUUGCGUUCUUCAUCGAGGAGGAGUCCACCGGGAACAUACUGUUUGCCGGAAAAGUCCACAAUCCCAUCACCCAGAACUAAGCCACUAAGGCGGUUUUAUCUUUAAAUAUGCAAUAAAAAUAGAAACAAAACGGA